AGAUUAUCAGCCCCGAGGUAAUCCUUAGGCAUCAUCCCUUGAUUUCAGCUUGCCAGGAUACUGGGUUGGGAUUGUUUUCGGACUCCCACGCGUUACGCGUAAUCGUGGCAGCUACGGCUCUCUACUUCUGGCUAACAGGGAUCCUCCGUGUCGCCGAUAGUAGGAGACCCCUCACCAGAAAUUUCAGAUCUCGUUUUCCGAGUCAUGGAAUUAGUACCAGACCUACUUGUCCCAGUUCCUAAGACAGAAGUGUCCCGACCUGUUUCUUAACUGUUCCAGAGUGCUGUUGCCACUUAAGUAAAAUCAUUCGUUCGUUCAACCGUACGUCGUGCGUUGCUGGACCUGGAAGCACGAUUCAGACAUAAAGCCGAUCUCCACUCUCGCAAGAUGCAGUUAAUAGAAGGCGCAUUGUUGACGGAUGCGGUCUCCUCGUGCGCAUCGGCUUGGUGGUGUUCCUCGUGCUCAUCUCUCCUCUGCCAUCCCUCUCUCUUCCUCCUCCAAAUACAAAGCUCCCUUAUCCUCAUCGGCCUCGGCAUCGCGUGGCUAUGGGCCAGCCAGUCGCGCAUCAAAGAGACCAGACGGAUUCGAUCAGCGCAAAAAACGGGGAACCCCUUCGCCUUCGUCGACGUGGAGAUGUCGCGGUUGUCGCACGACGUGCAGCGGCAAUUACCGAAGGUGUCGGUGGUGCUGGCGGUGAAAGGAUCGAUAGGGGACGCCGGCAUGGAUAACUGGCGGUCGCAGCUGGUGACGCUGUACGGCGGCGCGGUGGAGUACAUCUUCUGCGUGGAGAGCGAGGACGAUCCCGCGUAUUUCGCCGUGCAGAGCUUGCAAAAAGAGAUGAAGGGCGUCGUCGAUAUCCGCUUAGUCGUCGCCGGCCUAGCGACGGCGUGUUCCCAACAGAUCCACAACCAACUAGCGGGCGCUAAGGUCGCGAGCGAGGAGUCCAAGUACCUGCUAUUUUUGGAUGACGACAUUCAGUGCCAUCCAGGGACAUUGGGGUCGCUGGUGAAAGCCAUGGAGACGCGGCCAGAGGUCUUUUGCUGCACAGGCUACUCCUUCGACAUCCCGUCGACGCCUAGCGUCUCCGCGUAUGCCGCGAUGGCGUACCGCCUGCCGCUGCUCAUCGGCAUGUCAUCUGGUGGGCCGGCGUUCUUCGUGUGGGGCGGCUGCAUCAUGCUACGGCUAGCGGAUCUGCGCGCGGACCGCAACGGCAUGGCGAGCGCGCUUCAGCGCAACGGCUACAGCAACGAUCUGAUACUGACGUCCGUGGCGGGAGUGCACGGGUGCAAGGUCUGGUGCCCUCCCACCGCCAUUUUCCCUGGGAGAAUGUCCGGCGCGUGGACCUUCCGCCGGUACUGGAACUACGUGCGACGGCAGAUAUUCGCGUUGACCACGUACUGCUCGUCGUAUGCCUACCGCACCAACCACGUGGGCUGGUUCUUCUACACGUACGCUUCCCUCGCCGUCACCAUCCCCCUCAUCCCCUCCACCAUCCACCUCCUCCUCUUCCUCCUCUCCCUCGCCCGCUCCGCCCUCCUCUCCUCCCGGCCGUUACUGUUACAAUCCGGAGUUACCGACGUGGCGACGAUCGCAGCCCUCGCGUCGAGCGGGUUGGUGGGCGGCGGGCGGCCGGUGGUGGUGGACGGGCGAACGCUGUGGUGGGAAUGGAUAGUGUCGCGCUCCUUUUGCGCCACGGGCCUGGCGUUCUCGCUGGGCCACUGGGCGUGCAUCGGCAUCGCGGCGCUGCUAGGCAUGCGCCUGUUCCACGCCGUCAUCACCCUCUGCAAUCUGCUAUCCCCGGAAAAGCCGCAGAUCCGGUUAAGCAAGCUGAGCCUGUCGCUUGGCGUGCUGGGCAUGCUGAUGAACCUGGCGCUGCUGCCAGUCAUCGCAGUCUACACCUACCUACAGCCUGCCAUCACGUGGGCUGGCAUCAAGUACGUGCGAAAAUCGGGGCUCGUCGCGAAAGUUCGGCAUCCGACGCCGCAGCUGGCCCCUCCGCCGAUAGAGUCGCGAAUGGUGUCGCAGAAGUUGCUGGACUUGGAGAGUGCAGCCGGCGGGCUGAUUGGCGACGAGUUUGACGGCGGGUGCUGGAGCGCGCCGCACGAGAAGCGCGAUUGGCUGGUGGAGGUGUUGGCGCGGGUACCGUGGAGCAAGGGAUGGGCGGAGAACAUGGAGAUGCUGUGCAGAUCGCUGCCGUCCAUUCGCAUGGCACGAAGUGUGAGCCCCAAAUUGAAGAAGUCCGGUUGAGAACGAAUAAGCCAAGGGAGAGGGGAAGAAUUGGGGGAACUCGCGGUGGGGAAUUAACUCUGGAGCGCGAGCUUUGAAGUCCACUGGCGAGGGUAGCGUUGGGUGCGAGCGUGUAGGCGCAGCUAGUGGAACAUUGGACGAUGAGCUGGCGUUACUCCUUACUCCCCCGCAUCUUCCGAUCAUGAUCCCCUUCCCCCCUCCCCUCCACCGCUCCAUCAUCAUCUACCUGGAAUCAAGCCACAACCGAGUGUGUACAGCACGGUCGCAAGUAGAGUAGAGAGGGAGAAGUUGAAGCUGAGAGGGAGUUGACUGACCGGAGAAGCAGGUGUCAGCGUGAAGAGAGCGAUAGCUAUCGUGUUCGAAACCCUGUCAGAGCAGUCAGCUUUUAUCAGUCGCCAUCUCAUUCUCAUCCAUCCAACGCCAUAGCUUCUCCAUAGAGCCAUCAACCCUCCCCUCUACAGCAUCCCUGCCCCUGCUAUUGCUCAUGCAUGCUGGCUGCUGCUUGUUCGCCCACCCUAAUGAUCAUGUAACCCAUGCUGCUCAUCAUGCCUUGCCUCGCCAUCCGCCCCCACAUCCAGUUUGUUCCCCAUCCGCUGUGUCUUAUGUUGCGGCUAUGGAGCACUUUGGUGUGCCAGGCCAUGUCGCACCAAUCCAUCAUUGCCACACUAUUAGGUGCAGGUUCUCAAGGUGCACGCUCAAGUGGCGGCUGCUUGAGUGGGUGAGGUGCUGAUCUAGCUUGCCAAUGGCUAUGGCUGGGUACUAUGUUGCCUGGUCAGCCUCGUGGCAUGUCUGCUGCUGUUCAUUUUGAGCCAUGUGCAAGUUGCUGCUUCAGGGGACAAUUUUAUGCUAGGACGGUCUGCUUUCUUUUGUAGGAUGUCUAAGGUUGACAAUUGAUGCCAUUGGAAUGCAUUUUUUUCUAGUUAAUUGAAGGGAACAUA